AUGGAAUUACCGGCCGAGACUUCGGUCGAUGGCGAGAAAAUUGGCUAUAUACAUGACGAAAAGGCCGCGCCUGUCCGUGAUAUCUUCGCAACGACAAGCUCGCCGCUCGUCUUGUCAGCGCUGGGCCUGCUCGCUGCUUCUGUAGAUCAAGAAACAGAGCAAGGAUCGACCGCCCAACGAAGUAAUGCAUGUCGAGAUGUAAUGUGA